UCCACUGCUUCCAUUGGCUAGGGCCAAGAUAAAGUCUACGGUCUCAUACAGUGUACCGGUUAUACUCCCAGGAAUGCCUGCCAAGCUUGUGCAACAAACAUGGCCACUCAGAUCACCCAACUGUGCCCUAACCAGAAGCAAGGCUCUAUAUACAAUAAGAAGUGUACAUUGCAGUACUCCGACAUGAGUUUUUUCUCAGAUCUGGAUAGCACCCCACGUUUCAUCAUAUGGAACAAUGUGAAUGCACCCAAUCCCGUUCUUCUCAGGACCAACUUGGAAGCUUUGCUCAAGUCACUGUGGCCUCGUGCUGCAGAGAGUCUUUCCAUGAUAGCUUCUGGGAAUUCUGGAUAUACCAAAAUUCAAAAUAUCUAUGCUCUGAUGCAAUGCUCUAAAGGCAUUUCAGAAAUGAAAUCCUCUAAGAUCAUUGUUAUACUAGUGAUGGCUGCAGCUCUUGCUUUGAUGGUUAUGUCUGCUUGCUAUAGUUUCUUGCUUUGGAAGAAUCGCAGAAGGAAAGGAGAUGAAAACAAGCUUGGACAAGGUGGAUUUGGUCUAGUUUAUAAGGGGAAAAUGGUGGAUGGGCUGGAGAUAGCUGUGAAAAGGUUAUCAACUAGUUCCAAGCAAGGUCUAGAAGAGCUCCAAACAGAAGUAAUGUUGGUUGCUAAACUGCUGCAUCAGAAUCUGGUGAAGCUGUUGGGAUUCUGCAUAGAUGAAGAUGAGAAGCUGCUUGUCUAUGAGUACCUUCCUAAUGGGAGCCUGGACAAAUUUCUGUUUGAUCAGAAUAGAAGACUGAAACUUAAUUGGGCAAUGAGGAUCGUUGGGACAUAUGGCUACAUGGCACCUGAGUAUGCAGUAAGAGGGCGAUACUCGGCUAAAUCGGAUGUCUAUAGCUUUGGAAUUCUGGUACUGGAGAUCAUAACAGGCAUGAAAAACUCCAGGAAUCUUCAAAGUUAUGCAUGGAAGCAUUGGAUCAAUGGAAUAGCUUUGAAGAUAGUGGACUCAACCUUGGGCGAAGAAUUUGAAAAAGACGAGGUUCUGAAGUGCAUCAACAUUGGACUGUUGUGUGUUCAAGAAGCUGCUGAGAAGAGACCAACUAUUUCUGAUGUCAUAUUGAAGCUUGGAAGCUACACUAAGCUUGGUGGAACUCCUUUACUAACUGGGUUUUCAAUCACUCGGCACAUAGCUUCUCCAAAUUUGAGACUGACUAAUGAUUCAUUUGCUUCGAAGACCCCUCGGAUAGAGUUGGUGAAUAUUAUGAGGAAGCUAUAUGAAUCAUAUUUUCUUGCCGCUCACUUGUUCUUGAGCGUUUCAUGUCUUCUUCAUGUUACGAGAGCAAAACAUUUCAGCUGCGAACUCAACAUGAACUACACUUCAGGUAGCCCUUACAACCGAAAUCUCAACCUCACCCUCGCUUCAUUAGCUGCGAACGCCUCUCGAACUGGCUACUUCACAGCCACCACAGGCCAUAGUCCAGACAUUGUUUAUGGGCUCGUACAGUGCAGAGGUUAUACCUCUGCAGAAGCAUGCCAAUAUUGUGCAGAGGCAUUAGCUGCUGAAAUCACACAGAGGUGUCCUCACCAGAAGGAAGCUUCCAUAUUGAAUGGGGACUGCACAUUGCAGUAUGCUGAUUGGGAAUUCUUCACGUUUGCUGAUAUUGUCCCCAGAGUGGGUUUAAUUGGCGAUGAGAAUGCAGCGGACCCAGUUGCACUCAGUAAUCAAGUGGGGGAAUUGUUUAAGAAUCUUUCAUCAACUGCUGCUGUUGAUCCUUCAAGGCUGGCUUUUGGCAGUGAUAGAUAUGGAGACUCCCAGUACGUACAUGGUAUGGUUCAGUGUACAGUUGACUUGUCUGGAACCGAUUGCUACAACUGUCUGCAAGCUAUGAUUAACAAUAUUCCGAGGUUUAUGGCUAACCGAACAGGUGGGAGGAUAUUUGCUUUGAGUUGCAAUAUCCGGUUUGAAAGAUAUUCCUUCUUUCAGUCGCUACUACCACCAGCUGCUGCCUCUUCUGCACCUCCAUGGCUGCAAACGAACCCUACAUCUAGUGGAAGCAAUUCCUCCAAGGAUUAUGGCAAGAAAGUGAAGACCAUUGUUACUUUGGUGGUUAUACCUGUACUAGCUUCUGUGGUAGUGAUAGUAGUUGUUUGCGCUACUGUUUAUUACUUCUUUCGAGUCCGGGCUUCGAGCAGAAAUCUCGAUGGUUCUGCAACAGUUGGUGAUGAAAGAGCUGCAUCACUUUUGGUUAGCCUCAACGUGCUGACAGCAGCAACAAUGGAAUUUUCUUCAUCAAACAAACUAGGAGAAGGCGGUUUUGGACCCGUUUACAAGGGGAAGUUGCUUGAUGGACAAGAAAUCGCUGUCAAAAGGCUGUCAACAAGCUCUAGGCAAGGCCUGGAAGAGAUUAAAACAGAAUUAAUGUUGGUGGCAAAACUUCUGCACAUGAACCUUGUAAGGUUGUUAGGAUUCUACUUAGAAGAAGAAGAGAAGAUGCUAGUGUAUGAGUACAUACCUAAUGGCAGCCUUGACAAGAUUUUAUAUGAUCCCAAUAGAAGAUUUGACCUGGACUGGGGAACAAGGUACAGAAUCAUAAUCGGGAUUGCUCGAGGACUGCUGUACUUGCAUGAAGAUUCACAGCUCAGGAUCAUCCACCUAGAUUUAAAAGCCAGCAACAUCCUAUUAGAUGAGUCCAUGAACCCUAAGAUUUCGGAUUUCGGGUUGGCCAGGAUUUUCCUAGGAAGUGAAACUAAAGGCAAUACAGAUCGGAUUUCGGGAACUUCUGGCUACAUGGCUCCUGAGUAUGCUAGAAAUGGUUGCUUUUCAGAGAAGUCUGAUGUCUACAGCUUUGGUAUUCUGCUACUGGAGAUUGUAACAGGCAGAAGGAAUGUCAGGAAUCGGAACUCUGUCAACCUUCAAAGUCAUGUAUGGGAUCACUGGAACAAUGGGAUGGCUCUACAGUUGAGGGAUCCGGCGAUGGGGAAUCGAUGGGCAAACACCGAGGUCUUGAAGUGCAUCCACAUAGGUCUUCUGUGCGUUCAGGAAUCUGCUGCUGACAGACCAACAAUGUUGGAAGUCAUCAUGAUGCUCAGCAGCCAUACUGUGACCUAUCCAACGCCUUUGCAGCCGGCAUUCUUCAUCAAUAGAGGAAGCUUUGAAGCAGAUAAUGAUGAUGGAGAUAAAUGUACUGCUGGUGCUGAACUUGUCAACUCCAAAUCAGAGUCAUUGCAGCUGUCCAUAAAUGAUGUCUCCAUCACAGAUUUACAUCCUCGUUGAGAAGUUUUUUUUUGUUUCUUUUGAGUUUCUGAUCAUGUUAAAUUGUUCAUCUUUUUGAAUGAUCAUCAGUCAUCACAUAACUUUUGUUGUCUGAGUUACCAGUGGAGCUUUGUACACAGAACUGGCUGAUGGUUGUUUUUAUUUUAGUUUUUUGCCAUAGCCUUUUGGAAUCUCUCCAUAGUUUCUGACUUUGCUUGAGCAACACGCAAUUUACCGAACACAUUAGAUUAUCAGGAAAAUGGGAAACUUCAUUAGGUGCAUGUACUGUGGGGCAAAGAGAAAAGAACCAGUCAAUCCAGUAAUAAACUAGCAUCUCUGACAUAGACGCGGUCCGAUCAUCAAAAUGAGAAAUUCAUGCAUCAAAUUGACUUUCUUGCUUUAACUAAUCCAUUGCAAUACAUUAAAGUUUCAAUU